CCGGCCUCCACUUUGCCGGUGAUGAUGAUGGUAGUGGUGUCGUGUGUGGGUGCGAAGACGUGGAUAUCCGUCCUCCAGCCGGAUGCUCUGUUGUGAAAUUACAGAAACCUGCGUAAUCCCUUCAACCUUCUCUCUUCGCUUCUUGUUUCGCACUCAUCUAGGCAUGGCUAUGUCUGAACAUCACCAAUUCCACAACUACCUUCAGCAAUCUAAACCCUUCAGAGAUGUACUCAACAACAUGGACGCUCAAAUUGCAGCGCCGGUUAGCUAUAUCAACGCCAAUCAUCCUCCCUACAUUCCUCAAUUUCAUGUGGUAGGAUUUGCACCUGGUACGGAUGUUAGCGAUGGCGGAUUUGAAUUGAAGAGGAAUUAUGAUUUGGAAUUGAGAAACAAGAGGCCGAAAGAGCAGGAGUUUUUUGAGAAUAAUAAUGUAAAUUCUCAGAUAUCAUCUAUUGAUUUCUUGCAGCAAUGAUCAGUCUCAACAGGUUUAGGGUUGUCUCCCUUGACGGGAAUAGUUAUGUUAUUUGAUUUGCCAAAAGUGGCGGCCCUUUUAGCCCAAAAAGGAAUCUUUUAACAUCUGAUCCCCCAACGUCUUUUUUCCUAACCCUUUUGGCCCCUAACACUAACCCCGUCCAUUUACUUUUAGGGGUCAAAAGUGUUAGAAAAAAAUACGUUGGGGGCCAAAAGGGUUAGGAAAAUUUUUUCUCUUAUAACGUUCGUUCAUUAGUUCUUUUUACAAAAACUAAAUACGUGUAUAAAAAAAUUAUAUAGUAUCGGUCCUAUUAGAACCAUUACUGGUAUUUUUUUA